AUGCAAACGAGCAGGGCUCCGGCCAUCAGCGUGAGCGCGGAGAGCUGCAUCCCCGCCGGGCUGCGCCUGGGUCCCGUGCCGGGCAUCUUCAAACUGGGCAAGUACCUGUCAGACCGCAGGGAGCCAGGACCCAAAAAAAAGGUGCGGAUGGUGAGAGGGGAAUUAGUGGAUGAAGCCGGGAGCUCAGCUCUGGAGUGGAUAGGGUUAAUCCGGGCCGCCCGAAACGCCCAAGAGCAGACACUGGAGGCUAUUUCGGAUCUGCCAGGAGGACAGAUUUUCUACCGGGCUCUGCGCGAUGUCCAGCCGGGAGAGGAGCUCACCGUCUGGUACUCCAACCCCCUGGCUCAGUGGUUCGACAUCCCCGUCACGGCCACCCCGACGCACGACGAGAAAGGGGAGGAGCGGUACAUCUGUUGGUACUGCUGGAGGACCUUCAAGUACCCCAACAGCCUCAAGGCCCACGUCCACUUCCACUGCGCGCUGAGCCACGGCCGGCCCUUCCUCCACCACGACCACGGCCGGCCCGCCGCCGCCUCCUUCGGCCUCUCGGCCAAGGCGGCCGCCGAGCUGCCGGCCGCGGCCCCCCGGGGCCCGGCUCUCCCCGGCUGCGGCCCGCGGGACGCCCUCAAGCGGGAAGCCGCCGCCUCCCCGCCGCCUCCGGCCAAGCCGGGGCCGCCCCGUCGGGGGGCGGGCAAGGAGGAGCAGGAGCGCGCCCUGGACAUGAGCCUGGGCGCGGCCCGCGGCCCGGGCCCGCUGCCGGGGCUGGGGGGGGGUCCCGGGCUGGCGCUGUGCCCCGGGGCCCGCUCGGCUUUCCGCCCCGCCGGGCCGCUGCGGGACGAGGCGCGGGGGGCCGCCGCCGCCGCCGCCGCCCUGGGCUUCUCCAAGCUGCUGGGGGGGCUGAAGGCGGGGCGCGCCGCCGUCGAGGCGCCGCCCAAGUGCGAGGCCGGGCCUCCCCCGGCGGCCUCGGUGGGGGCGGCCGUGGGGCUGCCGUGCGGCGGCGGGGGGCUGCGGGCCCUGCCGCUGCUCUCGCCGCUGGACGAGGCGUCGGCUUUCCGGCAGGUGGAGCGGGGGCUGCCCGCCGCCGCGGCCCUGCCCCCCGGCCGCUACCCGGCGCUGCCCGGCGGCGCGCUGGAGCGCUUCGCCCUGCCGCCGCCCUUCGACGGGCUGAAGGCGUACGCGGGCGAGUGCGGGCUGCCGGUGAUGCCGCUGACCGUCUACAACGGGGAGCUGCUGUACGGAGCCGCCGCGCCCUACUACCCGCUCAAGCUGCACCUCGGCGGGCUGCUCAAGUACCCCGAGGCCGUGUCGUACUUCGGGGGGCCGGCGGCCGGGCUGCACGCCGCCGAGCUGGGCUCGCUGGCCGGCAUCGACCGGGAGAUCGCCAUGCACACGCAGCAGCUCUCCGAGCUGGCGGCCGAGAAGGGGCGAGGGCGGCUGGAGGCGCUGCCGGGGGGCGCGGCGGGGGGCGCCGUCGGGAAGCCCAAAAGCGGGCACCUGUGCCUGUACUGCGGCAAGCUGUACUCCCGCAAGUACGGGCUCAAGAUCCACAUGCGGACUCACACGGGCUACAAGCCGCUCAAGUGCAAGGUGUGCCUGCGGCCCUUCGGGGACCCCAGCAACCUCAACAAGCACAUCCGCCUGCACGCCGAGGGCAACACGCCCUACCGCUGCGAGUACUGCGGCAAGGUGCUGGUGCGGCGCCGCGACCUCGAGCGGCACGUCAAGUCCCGGCACCCGGGGCAGAGCCUCGGCAAGGCGGCCGAGGACAAGAGUGACUCUGGCUACGCUCACCCCGAGCCGGAGCAAAAGACUGACAACGACAGCGACGUCGACGUCUGCUUCACCGACGACCAGAGCGACCCCGAGAGCGGCGGCGGGCACCGGCAGCAGUGAGCCCCGCUGAGCCCCCGGCCCCCACGGGGCCGUCCCGGGGGAGGGAGUCCCGGGGGUGGCGGGGGGAGACGGGCCCCGAGCCCCCCGGUGGCAGCGGGGCAGCGACGGGGAGCGCCCGACCCGUCCCGUCCCGACCCGUCCCGUCCCGUCCCGUCGGACACCGUCCCGGGGCCGGGAGGGGGGCCCGGGCGGUGGCCCUCGUAUGCUCGUAUGGCGUGUCGAGGAACCUGUGCCUUCUGGAAGCGACUCUUUGCUAUGUGCUCUCCUCUCUCCUAGCGGCCCGAGCCGGGGGGCUCCGCGCCAGCCCCGGCUCUGCGAGAGCUUCUGGCAUCCGUGCGCUUUGUUGGACACCCCAGAGGUGUUUGCUCGGUCCUAAUAAAGCGAUGCCGACAGCUUUUCGGAAAAGAGGAGAAAAAAAAAAAAGCCCCGAGGAAGUUCGGGUACGGUAACAAGCAGGUGCACCAUUUGAUCGAGUUGCAAUUAUUUAUAACAGAUAAUAUUUGAGUAACAAAUGUAACAUAAAUAUUGAAAAGCAUGAGUCUAAAAGCACGCACUAUAUCAUUUUAAAGGAAACACACUCGCUGUUUGGUAGAAUACAAAUGUGGUGUAUGUUUGUUUUCUAAUGAAUGAUGUACAGUGGAUACAG